CGAGGAGGAGGACUGGAUGGCUGGCGUCUAAACGUCUUUCUGGUCAGAAACUCAGGUUUUGCUGUUUUGUAUUUUUGCCCGCGGCUCCCCCGGCCUGCGAUCCCCGGCUCCGACCCUAAUCCUGACCCGACCCUGCCGCACGAUGCAGCCCCCGGGCCGGGCGGCCGCCGAGGAGGCCGCAGGCCGCGACUUGCUGGCUGCCGACCUGCGCUGCAGCCUCUUCGCCGCCGCGCUGCGCAGCUACAAGCGCGACUCUGCGCUGCGGCCCUUCCCUGCUUCCUACGCCCGCGGCGACUGCAAGGACUUCGAGGCCCUGCUCGAAGAUGCCAGCAGGUUGCCUGGCUUGCAAGAACUUCUGUCCUCUGGGGACAAAGACCAGCGGGCCUGGGACCUGGUGAGCUGGGUUUUGUCCUCCAAGGUCCUGACAAUCCACAGCGCAGGGAAGGCUGAGUUUGAAAAGAUCCAGCAGUUGACUGGUACCCCUCACACGCCUGUCCCUGUCCCAGACUUCCUGUUUGAGAUCGAGUAUUUCAACCCAGCCAACGCCAAAUUCUAUGAGACCAAAGGAGAACGAGACCUCAUCUACGCCUUCCAUGGUAGCCGCCUGGAAAACUUCCAUUCCAUCAUCCACAAUGGGCUGCACUGCCACCUCAACAAGACAUCCUUGUUUGGAGAGGGGACCUACCUCACAAGUGACCUGAGCCUGGCCCUCAUAUAUAGUCCCCAUGGCCAUGGGUGGCAGCACAGCCUUCUCGGGCCCAUCCUUAGCUGUGUGGCCGUGUGUGAGGUCAUUGACCAUCCGGACGUCAAGUGCCAAAUCAAGAAGAAGGAUUCCAAGGAGAUAGACCGCAGCAGAGCCAGAAUCAAGCACAGCGAAGGAGGGGACAUUCCUCCUAAGUACUUUGUGGUCACCAACAACCAGCUCCUGCGAGUGAAGUACCUGCUGGUGUAUUCCCAAAAGCAACCCAAGAGGGCUUCCAGCCAGCUGUCCUGGUUUUCCAGCCAUUGGUUUAUGGUCAUGAUGUCCCUGUACCUGCUGCUGCUGCUUUCAGUGAGUGUCAUCAACUCCUCUGCUUUCCAACACUUUUGGAAUCGCGUGAAGAGAUAAUCUCUCUGGGCUUGGUGUGGGGGCGCCUCAGCCCUGUGCCUUCUCGUAGCCUGUUCUCUACCUCCUGUGCCUUAUGUCCAGCCAGGUUGAGCCUAGGGGAUGGUUGGGGGACUGCAGGACAAUUUUCCGUGUGUCGUAAGUGUACCGAUUGCCUUUGAUAAUACUUCCAGCCACAAUGUGGUCAGUGAGGACCCCCGGCUCCCCUCGGUCCUGUGGAGUUGGUUUCUUCAGCCAGGGCCAAAGGAGAAGUCCUACUGCAUUUAAAAACAAAGUGUCCCAACCCUGAGCGGCACGGUGGUGUUUACAGUCACUCCUGGCAGAGGCUGGGCCUUUCUCUCAGCCUUCUGGAAGGCGGGAUGCGUGUAGCAGGGACCAUAAAUCACUGUAAAUCACUAGGUGGUUGCCUUGUUUUGACUCGAGACAUUCAACAGAGACAGCCACGUUUCUCCCCAGAAAUCAGCAGGAUUGUUUUGGGAUUCCAUCAGCUUUUGUACGUGAGUACAUAACAUUUUCAUAGUUUUCACAAAUCAACAAACAGCUGCCUGCUGCAGCUGGAUCUCCUUCUUCCAGACCGAGGACAAGAAUGGAAUUAACCAGAGGCCUGAUUAAAAAAAAAAAAAAAAAAAAAAAUUUCAGACUUAACAAGGAGCAACUUGAGUCAUCUUUUUCUAAAAAUUACCAGCUGCUGAUUACAGCUGAAAUGGAACCAAAUGUUUGUUUUCUGAUUUUUUUUUUUUUAAUAGCCAUUUGACAAAUUAGUCCUUGUGAGCAGAGUAAGGGGGAACUUUCUAAACCUAGAGCACCAUCUGGCCAGGAUUCACAGCCUCGCUGCUGGCCGUGUUUUAGAGAGAUGUUGCUGAGCCAUGGGCUUGCUCCUGUUCUCCUCACGAAGCUGCCUUGACCGUGGCCUCAGCCACUAGCGCCAUGCCGCUGGCCUUCCGGACACAAAGUGCUGCAGAGCCGUGGACGGCACUGCCUCCAGGGGCAUCGUGGUCCGGUGACACGGCCUGACUUGGUGGUCUCCGACCUCUUCCACCUGCUGCGUUUCAGCCCUGAUGGAGUCCUGCCUUCCUGGGGGUGGCAUUUUUAGAAGGGAGAAAAUCAUUUUUCUAUAAUUUGUAGAGUUGUGAAAAAGCAACUGUCACGGUUUUUACAUUGGAUGUUGGAACAUUUCAAAAAUAAUAAAGGUA